AUCGACCAGUAUGAUCGAGAAUCGAAAGAAUUCGGACCCUAGCAGUAGACGCACCUGGAAAACUUAGAAAAACAGUGGAUUUAUUAGAUUGUUUUAAAUCUCUCAGUCUUUUAGGCAGAGUUUAAUCGCACCAUGAAUUCCAUCAACGCUUUAGGAAAGGCGUAUAGGUCUUCAAAUGCACACUAUCUGCAACUGUAUUGGCUUAAAUUUUCCUCCUCCGCUGCUGUUGCCACAACAACUGAUUCAAACAUUAAAAUACCUAACCGAAUUCCCCGUGGACCAACUGAUAUCUUAAAGGCUCUGGAAAAAACAGUGAAUUAUGACCUCACAGGUCCAAGCUACAAGUUUUUCGAUGACCCAAAUUUGGCCCCUUAUCAUGACCGACAAGGAAGACUUUAUUCAUUGGCCAAAAAUGCUGGUAAGAAGGCGGCAAGGUGGGUCAGAAAUGAACACCCCGAGUUGUUUACACAAGUCAUCUCUGAGCCCCCCGUAAUGUCCUACAUGCCGUCUACACCCAUUACCGCUGAGACUGCAAGUGAAGAUUUGCUCUUCCAGACAAUUUGUGAUGGAAAAGUCUCAGAUGCCAUCAAAAUCUAUGAAUUAAUGCAAGAAAAAAAUGUUGAUGUGGCACAAGACCUCCAACUUUCGCUGCUUGAACUUCUGUGUUUCUAUAAUUGUGAGGAUCCAAUACCCAUGGAUAAUGAAGCAGAACGUUACUAUGGUCAAAAAUUCAAGAAAGAUCAGAAUAUCAACAGUUGGAAGGACCAUCCACUUGUGAAGACUUUAUUUGAAUCCCUCAAACCUCUUGGAUCUGCCCCAUACAGUGCUUUAAUAUGUGGAUUAUAUGAAAAUGGGGCAAAACCUGAGGGAGAUAAACUGGUUGAAGAGGCUAAACAAAACAAUAUUACUCUGGAUGUUAAUGCAUACAAUUCUAUCAUAACCAGGUCAAUCACUGUAUAUGAGAAACAUGACGUGAAACGAGAUACGUUGCUAGAUGUCCUGAAAGAAAUGGACCUUAAAGGGGUCAAACCAAAUCUUGGUACCCUGAAUGCCACUAUGGACGUAAUCAGUCGGUUAGGAUUUAGGGAUAAAUACAAUUUUACCAUUCAACUAAUGGCUGAAUUCAACAGACAAGGAGUAAAGCCUUCUCUGGGAACAUAUGCUUAUGUAAUUCGUGGUCUUGUAGGCAGAAACAAGCCAGAUCCAAAUUUAAUUAUAUUCGUCUCUUCAAUCCUGAAGACCCUGAAAGGUCAAACUCUUGAAGCAAAGGAUGCUUCUGAUUUAUUAUUUUUUGAGUGGGUAAUGAAAGCUUGUGCUCAAUGUGACAACCUAUCUUGUGCCAUUGAAUGUUUAGAAUUGUUCAUGCAUUCUAAAAAUAGAAUGCUGCUUAAUGGCUUUAAAACAAAUAACUUUUACAACAAUUUCUUCCAAGUUUUGACUGUGAAGGCUGAUUUUGAAACUCUAGUCAAAUAUUACAAAUUAUUAUGCCCGCAUGCACAUACAGCAAGUCCAGAGUUAUAUUCGACCCUGUUUGAGGCUUGUGAUUUGAACUGCGCAAUAAGGGAAGUACCAGAGUUAUGGAAACAUUAUUUGGGAACAGGAUCCCUAAAUGAAGAAACACUUCUGAAAAUGUUUGAUGUGGCUAAAAAUGUUAGUGCUUUACCCGAUCCAGCGGCACUUGAAAUAAGACCAGUUUUGGGUGAACUAUCUGAAAGCUUUUUGACCUAUAAAAUAAAUGCAGAGAGCCAAAGAGUAUUUGAAAAAGUUCCGCUUACCACUGAAAUGUGCAAUUCACUGCUAGUGUUGUUAGCAAGAGGGCCCCAUUGGAGUGGGGUACAGACAUGCCUAAAACACAUGUCAGGCAAAUCUAUGUGGCCAGAAAAAGAAGCUCUUACACAAGUUUUAGAAAGCUGUUUUGCCAAUGACAAUCCCAGUAUGGCUGUGGCUGUAAUUAAAUACUGCCAUUCAAAUUAUGGACCUAAGCUUGAACUCCAAAGUGUGGCCUCUAAGUUCUUGAAAACAGAUUUUCUUGAUCAAAAACUCAAGGAUGAAAUUAAAGAGGUAUUUGAUGAUGACAGCAGCAGCAGCAGUGAUGGUAGCAGUGAAAGUGACUCAUCUGGGAGUGACUCUGAUGAUGACAGCAGUGAAUCUGAGGAUAUUUCCGUCCCCAAGAAAACUAAACCAGCAGUUCCCAAGCCUGAUAUUACAAAAGUAACUAUGAAGUAAUACAAUAAUGUCCCUAAUUUGUUAUGUUUUUCAUAAAUUCAUUUGUGUUUUCUAGCUACAAACCAUAUGCCUGUGAUAUAACACAAAGCAAUAAUCUUGUAAACAAACUAGUUUUCCCUUCUGAACUUAAAAUGCUUGAAUACAGUUUGCUUAAAACUUUAUUUCACUUUUUGUAAAUUUAUGACCUCUCAUUGUUAUUAUGUGUAUGUACAGUAGAAUAUAGGUUUCCACUUCUAUUACUCGUGUUUGUAGGUACUAAAAUUUUUCUUACAAGAUUGUGUACAUGUACACAGUGGGUACCGUGAGGUACCAUGGCCCUUAAUAAAGACCAGCUAAAAUGAAAA